AUGGAACAAGCGGGGAAGGUUCUAGAACAGUUCUAUAAGAGCGACGCCCUGCUGGCCCUAACAGGAAUCGACCUAGCCAACAAUGAGCUAAGGACGCUGCCUGCUGAGCUGUUCACGCUCGUCAGUUUGAGGUACUUGAACGCGGCGCAGAACAAGCUAGAGCGACUCCCGCGCAGCGGAGACCCACCUGACGAAGAACCCAAGGGACGUACGCGCAAAAAGCGCGCCAAACUCGACGUGUACUCGGCGCCUGCACUUCAAGACUUGUAUUUACAGGACAAUCGUCUCGAAGAGUUACCACCAGAGCUGUUCCGUCUCCCAGCGCUGACGACCCUGGACGUGUCCAACAACAAACUACGCGCGCUCCCGCCAGCUGUAUGGACCGCGCCCGCCCUGCGCGACCUUAGCGCCGCCCUCAACCACUUGAGGGCGCUGCCGGCGGGAGACGAGAAUACAAGCGAAUGCAGCAGCCCAACGGCGCUGUCUCCGUCCGAGGCGUCCCCGCAGCCUCCCGCCGAGCCGGAGGCCGCAGAGCGCAGCGCAGACCAGUCGAAGAACUCGUCGCGCAGUCCGUCCAUCGAGCGCAGCGACAGCGAGGCGCCCGAUGACGACGCGCCCGUGGUCGUGGCCGGCCGUGGAGGACACGCUGUCUGGUCGGAAGCCCGCCGCCCGCACGCGUGGCGCGGCGAGCUCGAUCCGUUGGAAUCGCCCGCGCCCGCCGCCGCCGGCUCGCGGCUCACCUCGCUCAACCUGGCUCACAACCAAUUCACCUGCGUGCCGCCGCCGCUCGCCUGCCGCGCGCCGCGGCUCACGCGGCUCAAUAUGGCUUAUAAUUCGUUGAGACGCACAGUCCCGUGGCAAGAGUCGCCUGCCUCGCUCAACCUCGCUCACAACCAGUUCACCUGCGUGCCGCCGCCGCUCGCCUGCCGCGCGCCGCGGCUCACGUGGCUCAAUAUGGCUUAUAAUUCGUUGAGCAAGAGUCACUACAGUAAGGACCUCAAUCCUGUGGCAACAGCCACUACGCAAGAGUCACCUGCCUCGCUCAACCUGGCUCACAACCAGUUCACCUGCGUGCCGCCGCCGCUCGCCUGCCGCGCGCCGCGGCUCACGCGGCUCAAUAUGGCUUAUAAUUCGUUGAGGUCGAUGUCAUACGUGACGUCAUACCCUACGAGUCUACGGCAGUUGGAUCUCAGUCACAACGAGAUCACUUGUUGGCCCAGUCUUCCACAGAUCGAGAACUUCGGCUCGACAGAGGGCGAUCCUCUCGCGUGCUACUGCGCGCACCCGCCCGCACGCGCGCGCGCACGCUCCGGCGGCUCCGUGCGCGCGCAGCUGCUGCACGCCGCCUGCCCGGCGCGCCGCCACCUGCGCCUCGAGGGGCUGCGGACGCUGGUGAGCCCCGACCCGCCACAGGCGCCACGCCGGCCCCGGCACUAG